AUGUUCUAUUUUGCUGGCCAAAAUCCCAAUACAUUCAUGCUAAACUCAGCCAGGCGGAAGUACUGGGACGAGAGUUACGUGAAGUCCCUAGAAAACCAAAUACAGUCACUGCUAGCCAUACAAAGAAAUGAGUUAAGCAUUAAGAAGGCUCCAGAAAUGACGCCUCUAAAUGAGUCAUAUGUUCUGGGGCCUGAAAACAGCGACAACACUCUGAAUCAUCCUGCUUUUCCUACCAGGCAAAUCACAGAUGAAGCGGUAUUCAGUCAGUCUUCCAAAGUAAUGGAAGAACUUAGCGUCAUGAUGUGGCGAACCAAUCUUGCGGACGGUGUCACGAUUGAUAAUGAGCCAAAAGCUACACCCGUCGCUCAUUCUCAACCGACCCAGACGUACAGCCCGAUUCGCAAUAUUCCCGAAUGCGCGGGAGACCUUGCUCGCAUCGAAAGACUUGCUGAGCUUUUUCUUCAACAUAUAAAUGCAGAGCAUCAAUUCACGCAAUAUAAAACGACAGACUCGUUUUCCUGCUUCCCCGACCAAAAAGCCGAUCUACUGCUCCUUCAUUCAGCGAUUUUAGCGGCUGGGGCGACGUUUGAGCAUCAGUCCGAUUCACUGGAGGUCAGCAACCAAUUCGCAGAGUUGAGUGAGAGUUUGGUUUUUACAUGCUUCAAAAAUGCAUCGUCUAUAUACGCCAUCCAGGGUCUUUGUAUUUUGUCAUGGAGAUCUCUUGCUCUUGGGCACGACCAUAUUGGAUGGGCUUUCCUUUCAAUGGCUGCAGGACUAGCCGUGCACCUUAGGCUGCAUGUCCUGGUAUUGGACGAGGUCGCCUCGCAGCAUCUAAAGACAACGAGGGCCAAUGCACAAACCUUUUGGUCUUUUUACAUGACAGACCGCACGUCAAUAUCUAUACUUGGGAGGAAUUGCAUUCUUCCCUGGCGCCGUGUGAAUGUGCCUGUAAUUGAUGCAUUUCUCUCUGGAGAAGACGCAGAUCUUGCAGAAUUAUCUUUCGCAUGGCAGUGCAAAUUAUGGUAUAUGCACGAUCAGAAUAUGGAUCAGAUGUAUGUUUUACGUACAAUGCGUACAACGCUACUUCGUAGGUGUGAGAGCUACUGA